GUUCAACUUCAGAGAAAGCAUAACAAGCAAGCUGCGAAACCGGUAUUAGACAAGUAGUGGUAACAUUCCCCGGGAGUUUGGUGGCUCGAUCCGAUGUAAACCAUCGGAUUGCCAGCAUCUUCAUGAAACGGGCAGCGCAGCGCGGUUUCUGAGUGCCAAGGUGUGCGCGCAAGGUAAACACGGCGAUGAAAACACGGAAAUAAGUGGAGGAGAGCAGACGGGAGACGAGAAUAGCAGGGCCUGUAAGGGGCAGUUCAGUGGAGAUUAAAAGAACCAAUAAGAAGAGGGCUCACAUCAUAUCUAGGACAUCUGGUUUUAUUAUCACCAUGGAAGAAGGGUCAAGUUUUCAAGACCUUUUUGCAAACUUACUAAGGAAACUUAAAGAUGCAGAUAAAGUGGCAUAUGUGAGUGAACACUUCACUCCAGCACAUAAUGUUGAUGACAUGUUCUCUUUCCUUUGGAGUUUGGAGGAGGCCCACCAGUUACUCACCCCAAGGAUAAGCAGGGCUGAAAAGUCUGAAACGAAAGCUGAAAAAUUUAGAGCUGAGGGUAACAAGUGCUACCAGAAGAAGUUAUUAGAUAAAGCACUGGAGUUGUAUAACCAAAGCAUAGUGUUUGCACCACACCCAGAGAUUAAAAUUGAAAAAUGCCCAGAUGGGAAAAUCAACACAACCAGUAAUGAAAGGCAGGAAGACCUUGUUAGUGAAGGUCAGGGCACAAGUUGUUGUACCAGUGAGAAAGAAGAAGGUUACAAGGCAUUAACACUGGGUUAUGCCAACAGAUCAGCUGUACUCUUUGAAUUGGGACAGUAUGAAAAGUGCAUAUGUGAUAUUGAUUAUGCUCUCCUCCAUGGCUACCCAAAAAUUCUUCAUAGCAAACUAGCAGAGAGGAAAGCUAAAUGUCUCAUAGCUUUACAGAGGAGAAAUGAAGCAAAGUCCUUGAUAGAGAGUUCACUUGAAGCUCUUGAUGCCUUAGCUCUGGAUGAAGAGAAGACUAAAUUAUCCAGAUCAAAUUUGCAAUCACUGUCACAACAACUGGAUAAAAAAUUCAUUGAUAUUCACCCUAAUACCAAAUACAAGUUGUUAUUUUCCUUUGAGAACCCAAGUCCACCCAAGUUAUCUGACCACAACCCUACCAUUCCAGCAUUAAGCAGAUCUGUGGAUUUGGCAUUUUCUUCCACUCAAGGGAGAUACCUCAUUGCCAACAAAGAUAUCAAACCUGGGGAUGUGAUAGCAGUAGAAGAUGCCUACAGCAAGGUAGUGCAUCUGGAUUCCUCUCUCCACAACCAUUGCACUGAGUGUCUUGCUCGCUGCCUCACUCCUGUACCCUGCCCCAUCUGCUCCAAAGUAAUAUUUUGUAGUGCUGCUUGUAGAAUGCGGGCACUUGCUUCCUACCAUGGGCCAGAGUGUGACAUUCUUACCUCUCUUGCUGUAUUAGACAUAGGCAAGAAUUCUGUUUUGGCAUGUAGAAUUAUCUCGCAGACAACUUUCAGCCAACUGAAAAAUGUUGUGCCUGUUUAUCUCGCUGAAUCUGCAGAAAAACCUCCAGCAAGCCUAGGUUUUGAUGGUGCUGGGAAGUACAUAUCCUCAGAUUACAGAACAAUUUAUCACCUGGUUGGCAAUAAGCAGUCCAGGUCAGUAAGUGAUCUCUUUAAGAGAUGUGCCAUGGCCUUUGUUUUAGUAAAGCUGCUUGAACAGACCUCCAGAUUCUUUGUAGAUGCUGCAGGGGUGGCCUUCACCCCCAGUGUGGGAGAUAUCAUUCUUACUGGCUCUACCCUCUUCAUACACAUGAUGAACUUGCCUUGUAAUGCCCAUUCUGUUACUGAAUUCAGGAUCAACAUCAACAACUAUCAGCAGAGUGUAACUUCAGAAAUUGGCUGUGGAGCGUAUGGGGUGAUGAGUCUUACCAACCACUCGUGCAAUCCAGCAGCAGCUCGGUUCACCUUUGGGGCCACAGAAGUACUGAAAGCUGUAAGGUUUAUUCCUGCAGGGACAGAAGUAACAGACAGCUAUGGAGAACAUUAUUGUGUCCAAAGAGAAGAGAGUAGGAUUGCAUCUCUCCUGCAGCAAUAUUAUUUCAAAUGUGCUUGUGAGCCAUGUCGGCACCACUGGCCCACUUAUUGUGGUCUUCUAGAGGAAUGUAUGCUGAAAUGUGUCAGUUGCAAUAAUCCCAUUGACUUCAUUGGGGGAAAAUGUUCUAAGUGUAACUUAGACUACACUAAAACUUCUCGAAGUGAAAAGUUCAAUGUUAUUACCUACAACUGGAUGGAGGUGGUGGUACAGUUGAAGAGGAUUAAAGAAGAAUUUGAUCUUGCAUAUAAGGGUGUCAUAGCUGGGAAUAAUUCCACAGAAAAUAUUAAUAAACUAUGUGAAUUUAUAGAAUUCAUUGACAGGUAUGUUCAACAACCAUGCAAACAGUACUUUGAAGCUCAGGAAACCCUGAAGCAUUGCUUUGAUCGCCAAGCUUCUUCCUGUUUGGUGAGUGGUUGAAAAGGUUGUAAAAGAAAGCUUUUGUACAUAAUGAUAAGGAUACAGGUGCACAUGAGACACUGAAAUACCUUGAACUUAAAAUGUAUUCUUUCAUUCUAUUGAAAAUUAAGGAUUUUAUACUGAUUUAGAACAAACAUAACUUCAAAUAUCAAAUGAAUUCUAAUGAGUUCUUUUCACAUCAAGCUUUAAAAUGUAAUCUAUUUGCUGUGAAUCUUUAUUUUCUUUUAAGUACUUUGAGAGAAGUCCUAGAUUUUCCAAGGAUUUUUUUUAAAGAUGUUUAUGGAUGUUGUGAAUUUAUACAUACAGUAUAUAAUAAGGUAUGAUAAAAGUAUUUUAAAAACUGGUGCUAUUGAAUUUAAGUUUACACUGAGUAAAAUGUUUAUUGCUA